AUGGAGAAAAUUGCUGACGUGAUCGCCGUGGAAGCUCGCGCGUCAAGCACGGACUGCGACUGGACCGAGCUUCCUGCAGACCUGCUCGUUCGUAUCUUCGGCACGAUGAAGAUUCCGGAUCUCUUCAGCUGCGGCGGAGUCUGCCGCUCAUGGCGCCGCGGCCACCUGGAGGCCCGCCGGUUCUGGCUGUGCUCGCCGCAGGAGAGCCCCUGCCUGGUCUACUCCGCGGCCGACCGUGACGACGGCAUGGCGACGCUGCACCACCUAUCCACGGACAGGCUCUACCACGUCGCCCUCCCGGAGCCUGCCUUCCGCUCACGGUACGUCAUGGGCUCCGCCCAUGGCUGGCUCAUCACCGCCGACGAGCGGUCCAAUCUCAUCCUCGUCAACCCCGUGACCGGCGCUCAGGUCGUCAUGCCGCCACCGGAAACCAUGUCCAAUGUCGAGCUCCGCUACGAUGAAGACGGCAAUCUCAACGGCUACGAGAUUCUGUAUGUGGACACGGUGCCACAUGACGUUCCCGAAUCAAACCGCUACGGAGUUUCUCUCGAACAAGGCCGUUUCUGCUUCUACAUAACAGUAGCCAUGUCAUUUGAUCCCUCUAACACUGGGAAUUGCAUCGUGGUACGUAUACACAUACCUAAUGACCUACUCUCAUAUGCUAGGGUUGGGGACAUCAACUGGACUUGGGUUGAUGCACAUGAAGAAUGCAAGGACUACGUUGAUGUUUGUUACAACAGCCGUGAUGGUUUAUUCUAUGCUCUUCAAGGUUGUGGUGAUGUCCAUACCAUUGAUCUUCACGGACCAUCUGCACGGGUCAAUAUCGUCUACAUACACGAGGGGAAUUACCGUACUGAUAGUAAGUAUAUAGCACAAGCUCCAUGGGGCGAUUGUUUCCAGAUAUGGAGGUGGGAUAGAUAUCUUGAGGAUGAGGAGGUGGUGCAGGAGGAGGACGACGAUGACAACGAUGUCGACGAGACAAUGGAAGAGAUAGUGGUAGAGACGGGAGAAGAUGGAAUAAAAUCGGAAGUGAAGGGGCAUGAAGAAAUUGAGGUGGUGAAUGAGGAUAGGGAGACAAAGACGGCAACAGAGGAGGAGGAGGUGAAGAAUGUAGAUGUGUUCGUGACAGAGAAGGAGAAAGGGGUGGAAAAUGUAGAUGUGUCAAUGGAAGAGAAGGACCGGGUGAACAAUUUAGAUGUGCCCGUGGAAGAGAAUGAAGAGGAGAAGGAAGAAAAGGAGAAUGAGCGCAUGACAUCACACUUUGAUGUCUACAAAAUAGAUUUUGGUAAAAUCCGGCUCUCCCUCAGCUCCCCGACGGUUGAUGUUGAUCUGAUCCCGGUUCUGUUGCAGGUCCGGCUCUCCCUUAGCUCCCCGAUGGUUCUGUUGCACAACUUCGGCCGCCGGUUCUGCUUCCCGUUCUAG